UACACCCUCAGCUGAAUGAACAGCCUACUACAGUCAGAACAGGAGGAUCUGCUCUCCGCUCCGAACCCGCAUCUUCUGCCCCUGUCUGCCCUCUGACAGCCUCCCAGGAUUAUUAUUACCGAGUGGUGACAAUUUCCUCGUACAGAAUCUGGAAGAUCAUGCCCCCCAGAUAGCAGUCUCGUCAUCCUUUCCACUCCCCCCUCCCUUGCCCCUUGGCCCCUUCCUCUAUCUUCCUGGUCCAGCACCACCAGUGUCAGCUACACCACCUUAGCCACGAUGCCCCCCAGAAAGAGGACACGGGCGGGACUGGGGUUUCUGUGCUGCUUCGGCAGCAGCGAGCCCCUGGAGAUCAACCUAAAGGACACUGUGCCACUGCAGCUGCUGGAGUUCAGCUCCCCCAUGCCACCUGCAGAGGAGCUGCAUGCACGCUUCUCUGAACUGGUGGAUGAACUUGACUUGACUGACAAGAACAGAGAGGCCAUGUUUGCUCUGGCUGAUGAGAAGAAAUGGCAGAUCUACUGCAGCAAGAAGAAGGAGCAAGAGGACCCCAACAAGCUUGCCACCAGCUGGCCCGACUACUACAUAGACCGCAUUAACUCCAUGGCUGCUAUGCAGACAUUGUUUGCUUUCGAUGAAGAGGAAAUGGAAAUGCGGAACAAAGUGGUGGAAGAUCUGAAGACAGCACUCCGAACUCAGCCAAUGAGGUUUGUCACACGAUUCAUCGAACUCGACGGACUCACCUGCCUGCUCAAUUUCCUGCGCAGCAUGGACUACGAGACGUCAGAGAGCCGCAUCCACACUUCGGUUAUCGGCUGCAUCAAGGCCCUGAUGAACAACUCGCAGGGGCGAGCGCAUGUCUUGGCCCAUCCUCAGAGCAUCAACACCAUUUCUCAGAGCCUGCGGACAGAGAACGUUAAAACCAAAGUGGCGGUGCUGGAGAUUCUCGGGGCCGUUUGCUUGGUGCCGGAUGGACACAAGAAGGUGCUGCAGGCCAUGGAGCAUUACCAGAAAUACUCUGCUGAGAGGACCCGAUUCCAGACACUCCUGAAUGAGCUGGACAGAAGCACCGGCCGCUACAGGGACGAAGUCAACUUGAAGACAGCGAUUAUGUCGUUCAUCAACGCGGUGCUGAACGCUGGAGCUGGAGAGGACAACCUGGAGUUUCGGCUCCACCUGAGGUACGAGUUCCUGAUGUUGGGCAUUCAGCCGGUCAUUGAUAAGCUCAGAGAGCACGAUAACGCCACUCUAGACAGACAUUUGGACUUUUUUGAGAUGGUGAGAAAUGAGGAUGACUCUGAGUUGGCCAAAAGAUUCGAUAUGACCCAUGUAGACACAAAGAGCGCUGGUGCCAUGUUUGAGCUGAUCAAGAAGAAACUGAGCCACACAGAUUCCUACCCACAUCUUCUCUCAAUCCUUCAACACUGCUUGCAGAUGCCCUAUAAACGUGGAGGUUGCAGCCUGCAGCAUUGGCAGCUUUUAGACAGGAUCCUUCAGCAGAUCGUCCUGCAGGACGAAAAGGGAGAGGACCCCGACGUCUCCCCACUCGACAACUUCAGUGUUAAAAACAUUAUUCGCAUGCUGGUCAAUGAAAAUGAGGUAAAACUGUGGCGAGAACAGGCCGAGAAGUUCAGGAAAGACCAUGCAGAGCUACUGGCUAAACUGGAGAGGAAAGAGAGGGAGUGUGAGACAAAGACACAGGAGAAGGAUGAGAUGAUGAAGACUCUGAACAAGAUGAAGGACAAGCUGCAACGUGAGGGUGUGGAACUGCGUUCGGCCAGAGAGCAAGUGCUGGACCUGUCGUCACGCAUCAAUGACAUUGCAGGCAGCAGUUUGUCCAUGCCUCCACCUCCGCCUCCUGGAGCACCAGUGCCUCCACCUCCUCCACCUAUGUGUGGUGGCUUUCCUCCACCACCGCCACCACUUCCGUUCAGCUGCCCACCUCCACCGCCACCACCUCCUCCGCCGGGGGCACCGCCUCUUCCACCUGGGGCUCCUCCUCUUUUUGGAGCACCGCCCCCUCCCAUCCCUUCCUCAUUCAACUCCAUGAACACGAUGCGAUCAAAGUCCAUUCCUCAGCCUUCUCAUCCACUAAAGUCCUUCAACUGGAGCAAAUUAGGCGAGAACAUGAUCAAUGGCACUAUCUGGAAUGAAAUUGACGACCUGAGGGCAUUCAAGAUUCUGGACCUGAAGGACAUAGAGAAGAUGUUCUCAGCCUAUCAGAGACAGCAGGACCUGCUAACUAACCAAUCCUUCAAACAGAAAGAGACAGGCUCUAUGGAUGACAUCUACGUCAGUACACGAAAGGUCAAAGAGCUGUCGGUUAUCGACGGCAGACGUGCUCAGAACUGUGUCAUCCUGCUUUCAAAGCUGAAAAUGACAAAUGAAGAAAUCAAAAGGGCGAUACUAGAGAUGGAUGAGAGAGAGGAGCUGGCCAAAGACAUGUUGGAGCAGCUGCUAAAAUUCAUCCCUGAGAAAAGUGACGUAGAUCUUUUAGAAGAGCACAAACAUGAGCUGGAGAGGAUGGCCCGAGCUGACCGCUUCCUCUUUGAGAUGAGCAGAAUUGACCACUACCAGCAGAGACUACAGGCUCUGUUCUUUAAGAAGAAGUUUGCAGAGCGUUUAGCUGAAACCAAGCCUAAGGUUGAAGCCAUCCUAAACGCCUCUGUAGAGGUGGCUCGGAGCAAGCGUCUGACUCAGGUCCUGGAGGUUGUGCUGGCCUUCGGAAAUUUCAUGAACAAGGGCCAGCGGGGGAAUGCCUUUGGAUUCAAGGUCUCCAGCCUGAAUAAGAUCGUCGACACCAAGUCCAGCAUAGACAGGAAUAUCACCAUGUUGCACUACUUGAUCACGAUCUUCGAGAAGAACUACCCUGACACGCUGUACAUCCAGGAAGACCUCAGGAGCGUGCCUGAGGCCGCCAAAGUCAAUUUGUCAGAGUUGGAAAAAGAAGUGCACAACAUCAAAAGUGGGCUGAAGGCUCUCGAGGCGGAGCUGCAUUACCAGCAGAGCAGGGUGAGGGAACGUGGGGAUAAGUUUGUGGCCGUGAUCGGUGACUUCAUCACAGUGGCCGGGUUUAGCUUCUCGGAACUGGAGGACCAGCUGAGCGAAGCCAAGGAAAAGUUUGCCAAAUCUCUGAAGCACUUUGGGGAAGAUGAAGGGAGGAUGCAGCCUGACGAGUUCUUCGGGAUCGUCGACACCUUCUUGCAGUCGUUUAGCGAAGCUCGGCAGGACCUGGAAAACAUGCAGCGGCGCAAGGAGGAAGAAGAGCGGAGGGCACGGAUGGAGGCCAUGCUGAAGGAACAGAGGGAGCGUGAGCGGCGAGUUAAGAAAGGCGGGGCCACGGAAGAAGUUGGUGGGGAGUUUGACGACCUUGUCUCUGCGCUGCGCUCCGGCGAGGUAUUCGACAAGGACCUUAACAAAUUCAAGAGAAACCGGAAGCGUUCCGUCAACCAACUAGUGGAAGGUGGUGGCCGGGAGAGAGCCGUCACUAAGGUGAACUACUAAGGUUGGAAAAAGGAUGUAGAUUUAAAAGCAUAACAUUAGAGAUCUGAAAUUUGCUAUGGCCAAGAUCAACUUUAGCCCAGAUCUUUGAACAGUCAUGGCCUCCUUCAGAGCAGAUCAUGGCAACAGCUGGACUGGACAUGUAAAGACAUUCAUGGACAGCUACACUGCCUCAAAAAAUGCACUCCCCUCCGAUUGUUCUUUUAAAGCUAUUUCCGACCCGUUUAUCUCCACAGUUGGGAUGGACGGAUGGACCAGACCACUGUGACACACUGUCACGCGUCAUCUGACUGUAUCCAUUUAACACUGUGCUUCAGGUUCUCCUUGUCGAUCACUCCUGCUCUUCCUCAGAAACCUUCUCUGUUCCUCUGAGAGCUCUUUGGUGCUGAAGUUUGGUUAUCGGGAUCAGAACUCUGGGAUUAGACAGUCACGUUGUACAUAGACGCCAAAUGAAUAGUUGGAUAGUUGGAAACUUGUGAAGCUUGGCAGAUUAAAUAAAAACACAAAAGAGAGAUGAGGGGGGUUUAAGCCAUCACUUUCACAGUCCUGGUGUUUUUUCCCUGAGAAAAACAAAAUUUUACUGCCACAGAAUGGAUCUGUGUUUGCAAACUUCCAAUACUACAACAACGGGUAUGGAGUCAAGAAGUCUCCUUUAGCCUCAUAACAAAGGAUUCUUACCGGUGGCCUCUGACAGCAGGCUGCAUCUCCAAGAAGAUCUCAACCACAAAUUAUCCAGGAAACAAACAACUUUUCAUAUAGGAAACUAAAACAUUUAUUGUGCCACAAGAAUUAAGCCUCAACUACACCUGUAAAUGGUUUCAAGAUCUUUCUGGCAUCAAGCAGUGCCAAAGCAAAGAGGAAACAUGUAAUGUAAAUGUAUAACACUAAAUAUUCUGCAAUUAGGCGUUGAUAUAUAUUUAUAUUUAGAUGCAGACAAGCUAAUUGCAAAGGUGUAGAAGUUUUUCUGUUUAAUGUUUCGACAUUUUGGGAUUUGUACACACAAUUCAUUCUUUGUUGGUGUUGCAGGUUCACAUUGCUGUUGAAGUGAAUUUCUUAAACAUUUUGAGCUUGAUGAAUGAGAGGUAAAUGCUUGUCCUUUUUCACUCCUUCAUGUCUUGUUUGCACUGUGGCUUUUUUUGACAAACAAUUAAAUGCAAACACUAGCCAACAAAAGCUGAUGAAGGAAUGCCAAAAACAAAUUUAACCCUUGGAGUCACCCUUUCAUCAGGCUCAGAUCUGACUAUAGUGUAGUUUAUCAGUUUCAUCACUGAAUCACUCAUCUGUCUGUGCUUUUACUUCAGAUGCCAAUGUCAAACCUUACGUUGUAAGAAGACUGUAAUAUUCGUGAACAAUAGCGCACCUGAAAAUGGUGUAAAUUAACUGGACACCCACCAGACCCACAGCUUCAGUAUAUGCUUAUUUUAGGCAGUUGGUUGCCAAAAAAACAUAGAAGUUAACAUUAUAUGAUUUCUUAAAAUUGUCCAGUUUUACUGUGUUUUUUUAUUUGCAUGUGCAUUUCCAAAACGUCGGCAUCAGGAAUGAUGCAAGUUGCAACAAUGUGUUCAGGGUUUAAUGGUUUGUAAUAUGUAGAUCUAUUUCCCAAGGAUACAUUAACCUGUUGGAGUUUGAGGCAAAGCGGGUUGUAAUUCUGGAGCGAUCCGGACUCGGAGAAAUAAGAAGGCCUCUAAGGUUCACAAACCAGGUCAAAAUGUCCAGGUCUAAACAUCUUGACAGAGAUAAGCCAGUUCAGAAAUCAUGAAACUUCCUAUUUUUGUUUAAUCUAAAUUUAAAUCACCAGCAAGAACCAGUUUCAGGUGCCAAACUAUUGCAAUGGGACUAAGAUGUUUGAACUCCUUGAAUUUGUUCAGAAAGGCUCAAGACAUUGCAAAAGAGAUGCUAAUUCAGUUUGGAGAAGAACUGAAGCAGCUGUUCCCAUGGUAACGGUUAAACUAAACCAGGUCCACCUGUUUGCAGUUAUAUUGAUAUUAAAUAAGAAAUAUUUCCACCAUACCUGAGUCCAAAAGUAGUCACAAAAGAGGACUAAACUAAGACCUCUCUCUUUGAUCAGUAUUCUCACAUCUUAUCUGCUAAUUACGUGUAAAUGUUCACCUUUAAGUGCCUCACAUCCUGUUUUUUUUUUCACACAAAUCAUUCCUGUGUUUUAGUGCUUGUGGCUUUUCAAAAAUCAGUUUCAUAAACUCAUAAAAUGACAUUUGGUUUAUAACUGGCGCCAUCUUGUGGUCAAAGAUGGUGCAAUUGCUUUGCAAGUCUAUCCAAGCUCCAGGUACUAAACAAUCACCUAAACACAACUUUAUUUUAGCUGUGACUGAUUGUAUAAUGUACAGAUGAUUACCUGUAGCUUUACUUUAUCCAUAUUUUUUCACUGUACACCUCAUCAUAUUGUAUUUCUGUUUUCUUCAGACUAAAGAGAACCUGAUGUGCAGGUGAGAUGGCAGAAAUAAGUGCAAUCUUUAGAGAUUAACCCCUUAACCAGAUUAUUUAGACACUUUAAAUUCAAAGUGAGGAAUCAACUCUUCUUAAACCAGCAUCUUGAUGUAUUUUUGAGCUCUUCUUUUUGUAACCACUGCCCUUCUUCUUCUUGCAGUUUAUCAGUCAGUAUACCAGACUUCAUCAGACCAUUCUAAACUCUUCAUUUAGAGCUUUGACCCACAUUACAGUGCAGAGGGAUAUUUGAAAAGUUGUCAGUAUUAAUACAAGUGUUGUUACAUGUUUGGAUGUUUAUUUGGCCAUUGACUGGCUGAAGUCAAAGGAAAGAAAUUAGUAGCUUGUUCAAUGCACUUUUAUAAUGACGAUGAUGGGACAUUUCCAUUUGCAGCACCCUCUGAAGACAAUAGUGAUGCAGCAAAGGAGUGUUGCUAAAAGAAAGCUGUGUAGAGAAAAGAACGGAAAGUGGAGUAGCAGGGAUGGGAUGUGGAAAAUAAAAAAUAAAAAAAACUUUUUGGGGGAUUUGGAUGGGUUCUGUCACCAAUGUAUCUGUCAUUACAUGCACAUGCCGUUGAUCUGCAUGCCUACAGAAGGUUGCACAAAGUUUGAUUUGUUGAUCUUUUAAUAGAACAUUGCUUGCAAAAUGCAACCCACCUGUUACACCACAGUCUGUAUUGCCUGAGAAAGGUUGCACCCAUUCUUCGAGUUUGUAUAAUUGUGAGAAGUCCAUAUUUUCUACUGUUGGAAAUGAACAAAAAAAAAAAAUCCUCCACUGAAAGAUGUACAGUUGGAUAAAAGAAAAGCAUUUUGUACACCUUUGUUGAUGUUUGUGAUAAGAUAAAAAAAAAAAAAGAUUAAACCAUUGAGGAAUGUUCCAUUGUUCCUGUACAUUGUACCUCUAUUUAUUUGCCUUAUUUAGUUAGGUAUAUUUUGUAUGUACACACAGCAUUACAACAAAAUGUUAUAUUAAAAAUAUGAAUAAUUGAACUGUGGUCCAUGUUUGAUGGAUAGUUCUCAGACUUGUACAAGAAUGAACCUUUUUUUUUUGUUUCUAUAACUUUUUUGUUUUGUAUUUUUUCUCACCCUAUGUCUUUUGUAGGGUUAAAAUAAACUGAUGUCCCUGAAAA